AUGACGGUUCUUGACGAUCAUUUUCCUCAAGGGGAUGAUGAAACUGUUGUUCCUACAUCGAGCUCUAUCCCUAUACUCAGUCAAAUGAGGCAAAUAGUUAUUAAAAAGAGAUUAUUAAUAUCAUUCUUGCUCACAUUCUUUAUUUUGGCACUUUCUUCUGCAUCCAUUUUAACAUACUUUUUUUUCAGAUCUAAAAGUAUCACAAAUUUCAAAUCUUUAGCAAUCGAGCAUAUAGAAUCCCACUAUCCUUCUAUGGACCCAUCUAAAAGGGCCGGAUUUGUUGAAGAGAUUGUCAAGAUUCGACAAACUGGAAAAAUUACCUCCGACGCAGAGAGCGAACUCGAUAUGUUGAUUGAAUUUGACGCCUUUGUAGAAAAGUACAAGAAAGUUCACAGAAGUUUUGACCAAAGAGUACAAAGGUUUCUAACAUUCAGAAAGAACUAUCAUAUAGUUAAAACCCACAAGCCCACUGAACCUUAUUCAUUGGACCUUAACAAAUUUUCUGAUUUAUCUGAUGAAGAGUUUAAAGCUCUCUACCCUGUAAUUACUCCUCCAAAGACUUACACUUCUUUAUCAAAACAUCUUGAGUUUAAAAAAAUGUCCCACAAGAAUCCUAUCUAUAUUUCCAAACUUAAAAAGGCUAAAGGUAUUGAAGAAAUAAAGGACCUAUCUUUGAUAACUGGUGAAAACCUUAACUGGGCUAGAACGGACGCCGUCAGUCCAAUCAAAGACCAAGGUGACCAUUGUGGUUCUUGUUGGGCAUUCUCAUCAAUAGCUUCUGUAGAAAGUUUAUACAGAUUGUACAAAAACAAGUCUUACUUCUUAAGUGAGCAAGAACUCGUAAAUUGUGACAAGUCGAGCAUGGGUUGUGCUGGUGGUUUACCAAUUACAGCUCUUGAAUACAUUCACUCUAAAGGAGUCAGUUUCGAGUCAGAAGUUCCAUACACUGGAAUUGUUUCACCAUGUAAGCCAAGUAUCAAGAAUAAAGUUUUUAUUGAUUCCAUUUCCAUUCUUAAAGGAAAUGAUGUUGUAAACAAGUCAUUAGUUAUUUCGCCAACUGUAGUUGGAAUCGCUGUUACCAAAGAGCUCAAAUUAUACAGUGGGGGUAUAUUCACCGGAAAAUGCGGUGGUGAAUUAAAUCAUGCUGUACUAUUAGUCGGAGAAGGAGUUGACCAUGAAACCGGUAUGAGGUACUGGAUAAUUAAGAACUCAUGGGGAGAAGAUUGGGGCGAAAACGGCUUCCUAAGAUUACAAAGAACCAAAAAAGGUUUAGAUAAAUGUGGAAUCUUAACUUUUGGAUUAAAUCCAAUACUUUACUCAUCUUAG